GAGGAAUAUUCCAGACGAGGCAUUUGGACUUUGGAGCGAUAAUAGAUUAGGGGAGAGAGGGAGUCUGCUUUUAAAGGGGAGCCACAAAAAUAAUAAUGGGAAACGCAAACACAUGAAUCGAGCUAAGAAGAGUGAGGCACAGCAACAGCAAGAACCUUCCUUCCUUCAUCUUCAUCUACAUCUUCAUCCAUCCACACUCUCCUCUUCGCUUCUACAACUGCACCGUACAGUGUAGCCGGCAUAGCUAGCAAUAGCAUAUGCUAUGACGCGCACACUCUCAUUGCCAUGCCUCUCCUCUUCCAUUCUUCACACUCGCAAACCCACCACCUCUUCUUCUUCCUUCAUCUUCACUCCCCACGGCCAUGGGCACCGCCGCUUCCACUUCCUCUCUCCAUGCUCUUCCCUCAAGCAGACCAAGAAGAAGCAGCAGGAGCAGCUCCGCAAGGUCACCACUGCUCCUUCCACCAUCAAGCGUCUUUUUAGCCCCAACGACGACGUCGAUGUCGACGCCGAUAAGAACAACGAACCUGACUCCUCCUCCUCCUCCUCCACCUUGACCGGCACACUCCUCGCCGGUCUGUUGCUUGUCGGCACCGUUGGCGGCUUUGCCUCUGUUGGCUAUUUCUACAAGGACCAAAUCAACUCAUUCCUCAGUCAGUUCUCCGUCUUCAUCGAAGGUUAUGGUCCAGCUGGAUAUGCAUUAUUUGUAGCAGUUUAUGCUGGAUUGGAGAUACUUGCAAUUCCUGCUAUUCCUUUAACAAUGUCAGCAGGACUUCUUUUUGGGUCUGUUAUUGGCACCAUCAUAGUCUCCAUUAGUGGAACAGUGGCAGCAAGUGUUGCUUUUUUAAUUGCACGAUAUUUUGCUCGUGAGCGGAUUUUGAAACUUGUGGAAGGAAACAAGAAGUUUCUUGCUAUUGACAAAGCAAUUGGAGAGAAUGGGUUCAGGGUUGUAACCCUGCUUCGUUUGAGCCCUCUGCUCCCAUUUUCUUUGGGGAAUUAUUUAUAUGGAUUAACAUCUGUCAAGUUUGUUCCAUAUGUAUUGGGAAGUUGGUUGGGGAUGCUUCCAGGAACAUGGGCUUACGUUAGUGCUGGUGCUUUUGGAAGAGCAAUAAUUGAAUAUGAGAUGGUGUUAAAGGAAGAAAUGGAUGAUGCUGAAAGGCAUGUUGGCAUACUGUUUGGUAUCUGUUUUCAUUAACAAAAAGUAGAUUACAUUGACUUUCCAUGAGAUUAGGUGAUAUUACAUAAUGCACCCUUCUAUUUUUAAAAAUAUAUACUAACUUCCCAUAAGAUGUAUUUUUAAUGACACUUUAUGAUCCUGUAUUUUGUAAAUGUCACAUUAACCUCCCAUAUAAAUGCGAGGUUAGUUUAGGCAUGAAAAAUUAAUAGGUGCCAUCUGUAUUGUAAACCAAAUCUCAAGAGAUCAGUGUAUUUACCCUUGAUCGAUAUUGCAAUUUCACAAAAGCUCAUUGGAAAACCUGGUACAGCAUUCCUUGGCAGAUCUACAGCAAAACUUAAAAAAGUUAAGGUUAUGUGUAGAAAGAUUAAUUUUCGAUGGGAGAUAUAGUCAGAUCAGAGUGUUAUGGGCAUUAGCAUAUGAAGUAUACAUUGUUAAUUUUAGUGGUUGGCACUUUAUGCACUUUAUGUCCUGGUUGGAUGACAUCCAUAGCUGCAGUAGGUAUCUGUUAUAUGGUAUCAAAGUUGGUUCAACGAGUUUAUGGUUUCUUGCCUCCUAUAUGUCGAUAU